AUGCAUAGAAAUAACAGCGCGAGGAACGCGACAACAUCCGAGGUGCCAAUCGCCAGACGUGGUGACCACCUCCUGAGGCAAGGGAAGGGUAGCAAGAAGAAUAAGAAGAAGAAGAUCACAUCGGACACCUACGACCCGCCUAUUAGGAGCUAUGAAGCUGGUUUCGUUGAGAUGCCCAAGGAUCUAUAUCAAGCCCACUUAAGACCUGGAGUCAUCUUCAGGAUCCACAUGACCGAGGCUAUCCUCAAGAUGCAGUACAGGAACUACGGCGAAGACAAGGACGAGUCGGUGAUAGAAGCUGACGUGGAGUACCUUAGGUUGACCAGGAAGGUCAUCAACGAUGAGAUCACCAAGUUCGAGGACCUCAAGUGGCUCAUCGGCUGGUUCAACAACCGCUCCGACUUGAUACAGGAACACAUGUGUAACACCAGAUACUUUGCUGUUGGUAUUCCUCCAACGAUGUUCACGCACUCCGAAGAAUACAUGAAGCGAAUGUGUUUGUUUGACAACGUGUACAUCGACCACAUCCCUUACGUGGUCGGCGAGGACAGCUCCCUGAUGGCGGCUGUGGCACCCCCUGUGCUGCAUUGCGAUGCUGCUACGUGCACUUCCGUGCCUUUUAUUGACAGUCUGAUGUUCGACGAGCGACUCCCGCGCACCAAUGUGCGCACAGUGACCCGCUGCCAGGCCAGCUGCCGGGCACACUGCCGCAACGACCCCGACUGCCUCAAGAAAUGCUCUGACCGCUGCCUGCGCGCCGAGUGA